CCCCUCUUUUGUUGUGGCCGCCCGACGGGACUUCAAAAGCGGAGAUCAAUGAAGGAGAGAAGAGCCAGCCAGAAGUUACCCAGCAAGGCGGUGAUGGAUCCCAACCAGAACGUGAAGUGCAAGAUCGUGGUGGUUGGGGACAGCCAGUGCGGGAAGACCGCGCUGCUCCACGUCUUCGCCAAGGAUUGCUUCCCUGAGAGCUACGUGCCCACCGUCUUUGAGAACUACACGGCCAGCUUCGAGAUCGACACGCAGCGCAUCGAGCUCAGCCUCUGGGACACCUCGGGGUCUCCUUAUUAUGACAAUGUCCGCCCACUCUCCUACCCAGAUUCUGAUGCUGUCCUGAUUUGCUUUGACAUCAGUCGGCCAGAAACUCUUGACAGUGUGCUAAAAAAGUGGAAAGGGGAAAUCCAGGAGUUCUGUCCCAACACCAAAAUGCUGUUGGUUGGUUGCAAGUCAGACCUGCGCACAGAUGUCAGCACACUGGUGGAGCUUUCCAGUCACAGGCAGACACCCGUGUCCUACGAUCAGGGUGCAAAUAUGGCCAAGCAGAUUGGAGCAGCUACGUAUAUUGAAUGCUCAGCCUUACAGUCAGAAAACAGCGUCAGAGACAUUUUUCAUGUUGCCACCUUGGCGUGUGUGAAUAAAACAAACAAAAAUGUGAAACGAAACAAAUCGCAGAGGGCAACAAAGAGGAUUUCACACAUGCCUGGCAGGCCAGAACUGUCCACAGUGGCCACAGACUUGAGAAAGGACAAAGCAAAGAGUUGCACUGUCAUGUGAAGGACCUUGGUUGCUUGGAGAAGGAGGAAGAGCAUGUCCAGGAGGGGUGGGAGCUCAAUGAAGUACCAAGCCACGUGGUAUUUAAUAUGAGGGCUUGUGCCACUGCUUUAAUGGAGACUUCACCUCUUGUGUGAGACUGUACUUAGGAACUGAGCAGCAGGAAGAAAUGGCUCUGAGUGAGGUGGCAUCAGGAGAUCUUGACACAUUGAAGAAAAUGCCAAAAAAAAAAGCAAGCAAGCAAACAAAAAGGGAAAAUGUUUCAAUGUGCUGAGAGAAGAGGGUGAAUGGGAAAGGAACACUGCAAAGGAGAGAGAUGUCAUUGACAGUGCUUGUUUCUUUUAUUAACGCUCUACUCCUGGAUGCUACCACUUUGAUUUCAUUAAAAUAAUACUUUCAUGGUUUUGCUUUGGUUCUUUUUUAAAGAAGAUGUUAUUAAUGUGCCGUCCUCAUUAAGGAACUGUCCCGGUGACCUUAUAGUUGGUUUUCCAAAGGAUAUGAUCUAAUUUUUUUAGUAGCUCAUUGUUAAAAUGGAGAUUAUACUGAGGCCUGUGCAUCACCAGGAGGAAAAAGCUGCACGUGAGAAGUCUGGAGUUCUGCCUUCCCAAGAGGGCAGAGAAUCUCCCUUGGAGCAUGUUGGUCGUGAAGACAACCCUUGGAGGUUUCCCAGUAUUGUAGGUGCCCUCACACUGUGGAAAUGAAAGGGAUCAAAUCGGGCUGUGGGGGCAAAGUACCUGCCCCUUGCAGGACUCUGACUUUGUGUUCCUCUGUGUGAUUGUAAUUUAGAGUGGAGAUGGUCUCCAGUUCUGGUGUACUGUAUGGGUAUGUGGCUGUAGGUUCAAGUGAAAGGUGCUAGGAGCUAUGAUGACAAAUGAUCCUUGGUUUUACAACCAUGAUAAUUCAUGAAGCCUUACUGCCCAUCUGGGCAAGCCCUGAGACUCCUCUGCUUCUGCUAGGAGCUGGGUGGAGCCCAGGAUUCAGCCCUCUGUCUGUGCUACAGAGAAGUGCUGUUCUGUGAUGUGGUUCACUUUAGUUGUCUUUUGGGGAAAAAAAAAGCCAACCCCAAGAAUCUGCAAUUGAGCCAGAAGAAGCCAGGUUUUCUUUUUGUGAUGUUCCUCUUUCUGGGGCAAGCUCUCUCUCACUGCAGACUGCCUUUGCUCAUGGGGAGGAAAUAGGGUCUGAAGAACUGUGAGGCCUUAAGGGCUCCCCAGUGGAAACUGGAUACUGCCCUUUAGUCUUUAAGAUUAAUACAAUACAUAUCCAGACAACAAUCAGGAGACCUCGGUGAACCAGUUAAGCGAAAUUCCUUUUUGCUUACUGAAUACUAUUAUUACAUUAAAUAAAUCAGCCUUUUAAAAUGGUUUGCAACCACUUACUUGACCGACUGAACUUCAUAGCUUCUCUCAGGAGGAGGAGACUGGAAGCUCUGACCAAUGUGGCUGCUUCUUGGUGAGGACAAGCCUUGUGUUCCCAAGGGUAACGCUUCAUUUUGGAAGUGUCAAAGCUGUGUUCACGUUUACUUGGGUAAAGAUAAAGGGUUCCUGUAAUUCAAACAGCUCUGUGUGUUCCCAGCACUUUGUUUCAUCUGGUAAAAGAAGAAAAAGCAAAACCAAAACCCACCCAUUCUGAUUAUUUCCUACAAAGAGACAUUUUUACCACCAUAAGAAGCUUCUGACAGUGUGCUUAGGGCAGUAUUACAAAAUAGCUGGUAAGUGCUUUCUGUAUUUAAAUAUUGUGGAAAAAAUAAGUUAUAACUGUUAUAAAACAGGACAUCCAUUACUUUUUUUUAAUUGUCAAAGUCACUUUGUAUGUUUGGUUAAUGUUUCUGCAGUAUUUAUUAAAAAUGCCUUUUCUUUUUCUUUGAAUUAAAAAAAAAGAAGUAAUUGACUUGUAGUGGAAA